CGCUCAGCGGGAGAGUCGCUGGCAGCGCCAUAUUGAACUGCUCGCCAGUACCGCUGUUGCAGUGGACUUGUGUGUAUAGUGCCGCGACGUUGCGGGCGCGUUUGUCAACAAGUUCCGUGUUGUUCGUAUCGUACACGUUUCGGGCGCGAGUAGGAGACUUUAGAUGAAUGAAAAUGCACAUAUAAUAAAGCACAAAAACCUCGUAAAGUGCUUUUUGUUCGUAUUUUUCAAAUAAUGGAUUUGUUUUCGGAUAUUAAAUAUGUGACAGAUGUUGAUGAACAUAUUUUUCCAUACAAAACCGAAGUAAAUGAAACUCUGUUAGCGAAUACCCCUCUACAACGGAAUAUUUAGCUGUGAAAUGUGUUUAGUGUACAAAUAAAAGUGAAAGUAACCGUUGUACAGCGCGUAACUUAUACCAAAACAAACUUCCGAGCUGGUGGUCUGGCAUGUGUUAUUGAUCUGAAGAAAUGCAAAUGCAUUUUCUCCAUAUUUCGAUUGCUGAGUACUAGUGAAAAAAAUGUUCAACUUCAUGAAGAAAGGCGGAGCCGAGAAGGAAGAUAAGGAGAAAAGGAAGAAGGAGAAGAAGGAAAGGAAAGAAAACAAGAAGAGAGAUCGUGGGCCCAUGACAGCUGAGGAGCUGUUACGACUGGAUGAGGUGCGGCGCUCGUUGAAGAUCCGCGGCCGGCGCAAGGAGAAGGAGAAGCUGCCGAGCGGCAUCACGGCGGACUACACGGCCAGCUUCUUCGCGGGGCUGGAACACGGGCCGGAGUACGCCGGAGGCUCGAGCAGCCUGCCCGGGCACAACCACCACGGCCAGUACGGCGCGCCCACCGGCAACGGCAACGGCGGCUACGGCUCGCCGGCCAGCCCGUCGUACGGCGGCGCGGGGGCCACGGCGGCCGGCGCGUGGGCGUCGCGGGGCGGCGCUGCCUCCGCCGUGGACGGCCUGACGCAGAGCGACAGCAGCGAAGCCAGCCUCACCUCGCUGAGCCACCCGCCGCCGCCCAAGCGCGGCAUCCUCAAGGGCCCGCGCCUCGCGCUCGCAGCGGACGCGGCCGUCCAGAACGGCGGCGACAACCACCACGAGGCCAUCCUGGUGCGCAACACGCUGCAGAACGAGGUGAUCACCUACCAGAACGUGGCGCAGCAGUCGCCGCAGCGCCACGGCCACGUUAUCUCGGCGCGAGAUACGGCGGGCAGCAGCAGCGGCGGCGACGCAAGCAGCGGCAGUAGCGCCGGGCGCGCCGCCGCGUACGACAUGCAGCGCACCAGCCCCGUGGCCGAGCCCGACGAGGCGGACCGCAGCGGCGCCUACCACACGCCGCCCCCGCUGCCGCCGCCCGCCGCCCACCUGCUCGAGGUGGCCGCGCCGGGGGGCAAGGCGGCCAGCGCCAGCCCCAGCGCAGACAGCCUCACCGACACCACCACCACCAACAGCAGCUUCGCGACGCCGCCCUUCAGCCUGAGCCCGGUGGGCGAGAGCCAGGGCCUGUGCUCGGGCCGCUGGGGGCGCUGGGACGACGAGCUGCCGCUGCCGCCGCUCGCGCCCGUGCCGCUGCCCCGCCCCCGCGAACUCACCAUCCAGCGCCAGCCGCCCCCGCGCGCCGACUUCGGCUUCUCGCUGCGGCGCGCCGUCGUGGUCGAGCGGCUCGCCAGCGGACUCACCAAGGCGGUCACGUUCGCGGAGCCCGGCACCGUCGGCGGGGGCGGCGGCGGGGGCCACGAGACGGGGCUGCUGCCCGGGGACCGCCUGCUCGAGGUCAACGGCGUGCCCGUGGACGACAAGAGCCGCGAGGAGAUCAUCGACCUCAUCAAGUCGUCCGGCGCCAGCGUCACCGUCAAGGUGCAGCCGGUGGCGGAGCUGUCGGAGCUGACCCGUCGCUGCGGUCUGGACGGCGCCGCCUUCGAGCUGGACGACUCCAACAUCAGAGGCGGCACGCUGAGGCGCAGCGGCAGCAGGCGGUUCGCCACGCAGACCACGGCGCGCUCCGAGGAGCAGGUGUCGGCGUGGCUGCAGUCAGCGGAGCACGUGUGGCUGGUGCACCGCGCCGGCUUCUCGGCCGCCCGCCGCUGCCCCACGCCCGCCGACAGCGACUCCGACGGCGACGCCGCCACUUCGGGCAAGCUGCGCAUCUGCCUCGACGCCACCGGCGACACGCUGCUCGUCGACGAAGACGACGUCGAGAAGGCAAACCCUCCUCAGUUUGACAGAGCUGAGGACUUGGCUCACCUCCGCUACCUCAACGAAUCGAGUGUGCUUCACACGUUACGUCAGAGAUAUGCCAGUAACCUCAUUCACACCUAUGCUGGUCCUGCAAUGGUUGUCGUCAAUCCCAUGGCACCACUUGCUAUCUACUCUGAAAAGGUUGUACAAAUGUUCCGUGGCUGCAAGUCGGAAGACAUGCCUCCACACAUUUACUCCCUCGCACAGUCAGCAUACAGGAGCAUGUUGGCAUCUCGUCGCGACCAGUCCAUUGUCCUUUUGGGUCGUAGUGGCUCUGGAAAGACGACAAGUUUCCGACACAUACUUCACUACCUCGCCCUGGCUGCAGGGACUGUCAAUAAAGUGGCUACAGUUGAAAAGUUGAGUGCCAUAUCAUCAGUAAUGGAAGCAUUUGGAAAUGCAAGGACUGUAAUGAACGCCAAUGCUACACGGUUCACGCAGAUUUUCAGCUUGGAUUUUGACCAAUCAGGACAGAUAGCAUCUGCUUCAAUACAGGUGUUACUGGCAGAGAGAAGUCGUGUAGUUCAUCGACCAGAAGGAGAACCAACAUUUCAUAUUUUCUACCGCAUGUUGGCUGGAGUGGAAGGUCCUUUACGGAAGGAAUUGUAUCUUGAUUCUAGUCUCUCUGAACAUAAUUUGUUCAUGACCCCACUACAUAAGCAUGAAGAUAAGCAACGAGCAAUGCAAGAGUUUAUUCGUGUAUGUACAGCAAUGAAAACACUCGGUAUUACAGACGCUGAAGCCAAAAUUAUAUGGUCAGUUCUUGCUGCCAUAUAUCACUUGGGAGUAGCAGGUGCAGUUAAAGGUGGUAAUGGUGGUCGCUGGCAGUUUGGAAACCCACGAGCGGCACAACACGCUGCUAGGCUGCUGGGAACCUCAGCGGAGGAGCUGGGACGACUGCUGUUUGGUCAGGGGACUCCACCCACACCAAGGCAGCCUUUCCGUACACCAUCACCCACCGAGAGGGAUGUGACAGGCAUUGAAGCUCUUGAAGGUCUCGUAACGGGGCUGUACGGAGAAGUCUUCAAUGCUGUUGCGGCACUUGUAAAUAGGUCAAUAUCAGCUUCAACGCAUACGGUGUCAUCCAUAGUACUGGUAGACUGCCCAGGCUUUCAAAACCCUGCAUCUUGUGGCCAUCAGGGUGGAGCGACAUUUGAAGACUUGUGCCACAAUUACCUUCAAGAAAGACUGCAACUGUUGUUCCAUCAUACCACAUUAGUUGCUCCUCGUGAUCGAUAUGCUCAGGAACACAUAGAGUGUGUGCUGGAGGAUGAAGGGGAAUCGGGCUCCCCAGCACCCAUGGUGUCUCUGCUGGACAGAGCAUCACAGAGUGCCAUGGUCCGGUCCUCUCAGACAGACCUCCGCAAUGCAGGAGACCGCAGGGGCUUGCUGUGGUUGCUGGAUGAGGAGGCAGUCUUCCCUGCAGCCAGCGAUGAAGGCUUUCUGGAGAGACUCCUGGCGCAUUAUGGAGACAGAGAACACCAGCUGCUGUUGCGCAAGGCUCCUGGACACAACCAGUUCGUCUUGCAGCAUUUACAGGGCACAAAUCCUGUACUAUAUACAGCAACUGGUUGGCUCAAAGCAUCUCGAGAAAAUCCAAUGGUUCGAAAUGCUGCCACACUGCUCCAGGAGUCUUCCAAGGAAGAAAUGAGCCAGCUGUUUGUGAGUAUCCGUGGCACCGGAGUUUCAAGCACGCUGGGUGGCUCAGUUGUGGGAAUUGAAGGCACACAGUCACUAAGGAGAGCAUCGAGCAUACGCAGAACAUUCACGGCUGGAGCUGCGGGUAUCAAACGAAAAUCUGUUUGCCUGCAAGUCAAGUUCACUGUGGAUGGCCUUGUUGAAACACUACGAAGGACUCGGCUGAAGUUUGUGCACUGUUUCUUGCCCCAACAUAAUGCUGGGCUUUCUGAUGCAAAGUCUCAGCUGCCACGUUCUGGCAGCACAGGGAAUGCUGAGGAUCUUGUUAUCAAUGUACCAUUGCUUAGGUCUCAGCUGCGAGGAGCGCAGCUGGUGGAGGCAGUGCGCCUGCACAAGCAGGGCUUCCCUAAGUUCCUGCCCCUCUCAGAGUUCCGCCGGAGGUUCCGCCUGCUGGCUCCCCCUGAGGCAAGACCCACCAGCCCUGUACCAGAUGAGAGGCGAGCCGUCGAAGAGAUGCUGCUCGGCAUCGACACCGACCCCUCCGGGUACCGCGUUGGGCUCAGUCAGAUAUUCUUCCGUUCUGGUGUUCUUGCACAAUUGGAGGCUCAGCGAGACGAACGGCUAACUGACCAUGUUGUGAGGCUACAAGCACAGUGCCGAGGAUAUUUAGCUCGGCGCAAGCUUCAUAAGCUCAAGAUCCAGGACCUGGCAGUGCGCUGCAUACAGCGCAAUGUUCGCAAGUUUCUGUUGAUCCGUGAUUGGCCAUGGUGGCGACUUCUGGUCAGAGUCACUCCCCUUCUCAAUGUACACCGCACUGAAGAAGAACUGAGAGCCAAGACGGAGGAACUGGAAGCCCUCAGAGCAAAAGUAGAGAAGUUGGAGCAGGAACGCACUCACUUGAAACACGAUACAGAUCGUCUGGAAGCAAAGCUGAGUGAAAUGACAGCAGACCUGGCUGAAGAGCACUCAACAGCAACACUUGCUACAGAGCGUUUGGAAGCAGAAACUGCUGAACGUCUGCGACUUGAGAAAGAACUUUCAGAAGUCCAGUAUCAGAAGCAGAAUCUGCAACAGACUUCAGAGCGACUGGAAAUGGAAUUGUUGUGUAUGCGAUCUGCAGCUGAGGUGAACGGCUUGGGAUCAGAUGAUGAGGGUGAUGGGGAGGACUCAUCGGGAAGUGUGUACAAGCAGCGUUAUGAGCGGGCUGUGCGUGAACUGGAGUUUACACGCCGUCGCCUGCAACAGCAACAUGAAGAUGACCUUGAGCAGCUUGUUGCACUUAAGAAACAAUUGGAGAAAAAGUUGGCAGAUGCUUAUGAGGAAGUGGAAGAACAGCGGCAAGUUGUCGGACAAUGGAAGAGGAAAGUGCAGAAGCUGAAUGCAGAAAUGAGCGACCUCCGUCUUUUGCUAGAGGAACAGAAUUCUCGGAACAAUCUUCUGGAGAAAAAGCAGCGCAAGUUUGACUCCGAACUUCAGUUGCUUCAGGAUGAACUACGACAAGAAAAGCAGCAGAAGGAGCGUAUUUCACGUGAAAAAGAUUUGGCCAUUGCAGAAAAGUAUUCUCUUGAGCAGGAUCUAAGUGGUGUGCGGCUGGAAUUGGAACUCAAAGAAGAAAAAGUUUCAGCUCUUACACAGGAAUUAGAUGAACUUACUUUUGGAGGCAAGACUGAAGAAGAGGUUGCGCAGCUCAAGAAGGCAAAACAUGAAUUAGAGAAACGGCUGAAGGAACAGGAGGAGGAACUCGAUGAGCUUGCUGGCCAAGUUCAGUUGUUGGAGCAGGCAAAACUUCGGCUAGAGAUGAGCUUGGAGCAGCAGCGCAAAGAAAGUCGGAGAGAAGCCGCCCAGCGGGAUGAAGAGCUCGAGGAUGCUCGGUGUGCAGCACAUAAGAAAGUCAAAGCACUGGAAGCCCAGUUAGAAUCAGAACACGAGGAACGUACCGCUCUCCUGAGGGAACGACAUGAACUGGAGAGGCGGUUAGCAGCUGCCGAAGAAAUGGCUCGCGCUGGUCGCAGUCAGGAAGAGGAGCAGCUGCAGCGACUGCGGCGUGACCUUCGCAGGACUAAGGCCCUCUUGCGGGAUGCACAGGCGGCGCUUGAGAGGGCGAGGGCAGACUCUCCAGGCAAAGCUCUUGUUAGACAGCUUCGAAACCAGUUGGAAGAUCUGGAGGUGGCCCGAGCGGCAGCAGUGAAGGCGCGUCAGACAGCUGAGCUGGAGCUGAGCGAGGUUCAGGCUAUGCUCGAGGAAGCACAGAGGUCUCGCUCUGAGGCAGAGGAUAGAGCUGCAGCCGUUGCAAGGGAACGUUCGGAGCUGAGGACGCAGUUGGAAGAGAAUGAAGAAGAGCUGGCAGAGGUCCUCAAGAAGUACCGUUCGACAGUUCAGCAAUUAUCUGCAGAGCAGCUAGCACUCCAGGAGCAGGCAGGUCGUGUCUCAGAACUGGAAUCUGAAAGAGCUUCACUUCGUGAACAGCUUGCAGAACUGACAACUCGUCUUGAGAGCAUGGAGACCCUGGGUGAUCCAUCGUCAAGCCUAACACAACGUCGUCUUGAAAUGCGCACCAAGGAGCUGGAGUCAAAACUUGAGUUGGAACAAACUACACGUGCUCGCUUAGAGGUCCAAAUAGCACGACUGAAGGAAGCAGUUGAAAGACUUCAGGAUGAGGCAGCGGCAGCACGUGCAAAGGAGCAGGCGGCAGUAGAUGCGUCCCGUAAGCUGCAGCGUACUGUUCGUGAACUACGUGAGGAACAAACGGCGGCGGCAGCUCGUGAAUCCGAAUGGGCCGUACGUAAGCGUGACCUUGAAAAGCGGCUGGAGGCUUCUGAAGCAGAAGCAGCUGCUGCACGUCAGGAUCUCCGACUAGCACUUACUCGAAUAGAGGAUCUCCAGUCAGCAAUUCGUGGAGAACUUGAAGAUGGAGAGGACAGCAAUGAUGAUGAAAAUUCUGACAGUGCUCAAGACAGUGAUGUUUCAGAAGAUUCCAUGAGUGUGUACCUCACAAACCAUAAAGUCCACGUCAACUCCAGCCCUCGUACAACUCGAGCAUCACUAGAAUUGGAUAUAACUUCAAGAUCAUUGGAGGUGGCUUCACUGAAAAAGCCCAACGACAGCUCAGGGAAGGAAUCGUUUGCAUGAGACUGUCUGAACAUAGCCUGCUGUGUUGUCAGCAGCUGGCUACCACGAUGAGCCGCAUUCAUAGGAGAAUGGACUCAGUGGGGGGCAGCCUGUCACAGAUGGCUCCCAUACCACAUUUCUGAGACUGGACUGAGUACAAUAAACUGCAGGAUAUACUGUAACAAUUUGAACAUAAUAUAUAGAUUUUAGUACAAUAAAUUAUUGUUUGCUCUCUAUUAGCAAAGAUAUGUAAUGAAUUGUAUAAAUAUGUAAAAUUAAAAGCAACUUUGGGCUAAUAUAUAAAUAUAUAUAUAUGUAUAUCUUUGUAUACUGCUGCAUACCUUACCAAUAUAUUUCUUAAAGUCUUUUGAAAUUCCUAUCUGUGUCAUUGUUAGUUUCCUGAAAGAAAACCUUGACUGUUGUGUUCAGCAUUUAAAACUGUUAUUGGGAAAUAAUUGUUUUAGUAUAUUUAUAUGUUACUGCAUUUCCAAUAAUAUAAUAAUUGUGUUUUUUAUGGAAAUGUGAACAUACUUUCAUUGCCAUCGAUUCCAUUCCUGAGAAAGUGAAGUAUUUGCCAAUAAAUGUUUUAUAAAUAACAUGUCUUUGUUGCUUAAAUAUUUGUCAGAAAUGAUUUUUAAAGACCUAUGUACAGUGUCUCAUUGUUGAUUGGACAUGUGGAGAGAAAAUGUAUGAUACCUAUAUAUUUAUAUGAAUAUGGCAAUCAAAUAGUGGCUUGAUGAUAAAUUUUGAGGAAGCUGAAAAAAGUUAGCAAGACAGCGGAACAAAAUGGCAAACAGAAAUUGCACAAAUAAUUGUGAAACAUGGGAAAUCAGAGGCACAUCCAAUUUGUUUACUGACUGUUAUGGUCAUAUACUCAUUCCACUGCCAUCCUUUUACAAAAUUAUUUGAAGAUAUUUGAGUUUCGUGACUAUUUUGAAUAUUGCAAGAUUAAAAAUAUAACUACUGGCAA